AGUUUAGCUCCGGCCGUUUGGAUGAUUGGAAUGCUUUUUCGGGUAGCUCAUGAUUGGCAUCUGUUCCAUGCCAUCGAGUACAAGUCUGCAGGCAAAGUUGAUCCACCUCGGGACAGUAACAGUGAGGAAGGGUUUCACGUGUAACUCUUGGGGUGAACACCUGAGUUAAUUGACUCUCUCUGUAGCAGGUGACCAGAAUUGUUAGUGCAAGUGUUCAGAUGCAAAAAGAAAUGCAAAGAAAAAGGUGAAAAAUAGUGCAAAAUGUGGGGCUUUUUUGAAAGCCAAAUAAAGGAUUAAGCUGUACUUAGAAUAAAUUUACGUGAAGGAAAACUUGUGGAUUAAGCAUCCUUCGUCAGAAGUUCUCCAAAAUUGAAAAAAAGUGGCUCAAUGUUGAAUGUGCUACCAAGUGCUAUAGCAUCAGCAGAGCAUUCAUCCACAAAAUUGUGUAUAGUAAAUGUAGUGUAAUUCUUCUUCAGUCUAUAAUACGUAUAAAAUAGUGUAAAAGUGUAUAAGAUAAUCUUUCUGGAAUUUUGUACAUUUUUUGUCAUAAAGAUGCAAAGGAUAAAAAAAGCGCAAUUCUAAAUUAAAUUAAAAUCUUAUAGUAAUGCCCAGGGUAAUAUCCCAGUAAAUAAUUGUGUUAUAGCAAAUUUCGAUAGAAAAUCUUCAAUUUAAGUUAUCGUGUGUUGUGUGAGUGAAGUAUGUGGAUAAAUUAUAAAUUGCCGGUGUGAAGAAAAGCGCGCCAAAAUGACAGAGUUUGAGCGUCGAAUGCUAGAGUGGAGUGUAUCUAAUGGGAAAUUGAGCAGAUCUAAUAGUGCACGAGAACCAAAGCCCAUCCGGGGGCGAGAUACUGUCAAAACCAACGGAAAACCAUCGAAACGCGAGGUGUACUUCCUGUCGCCCUCAAAGAGGCGCCGACGCGACCAUUCACUCUCAAAGAGAGAUUCAUCAACACUCUCCCUCAGACAAUCAACCUUCCCCCGUGUCCUGCCAUCUCGAGCGAAUCCCGAAGGGAGGUCUGUGGCUGAGAGUCGUCUGGAUGCCGCUUUUGCUCCUCGACGUCACUCCACAGACAUCCAGAACGAUUCAAAUAUCGACACCAGCCUCAACUGCGACCAAAAUAUCUACUACUCUGACUCCAAUCGAUCCGUCACUCCUCAGUACAGCGAUUCCCAUCGGGGCACCAAAGCCACUCAGGCUGAUGCCCAGGGAUCUCUGAGACGAAGCAAGGGUCGAAGUAGUCAGUCCCUCUGCAGCUGUGACGCUGAGACUGAGAUUAUCCCUGAUCCUGACCGCCCAAUGUGUCAGUACGGUGUUGACGGGAAGAAAAGUCACACGUACACGUGUGAGCAAAAUGCACAAAUUCUCAUGCGGCUAGAACGAGAGAGGCAAGCUAAAUUGGGCUCCAAUGGAAAGAUGAAUACUCUCUUUGCGGACGUGGAUAUAAUCCCUCCACCACCACCACCAUUGAGGAGAAACCCUUCCUUCACCCGCCACUACCCAGCAACACUAAAGACUACGGUAAGCCCUCCCUCGAGCAAUGCCGAAGACAUCAAGAAGGGCGACUGCAGUGUCUCCCUCCUGAAUUGCGCCACUGCCAACAUCAGCUACGAGCUGAAGACCACAAAGCCUGACAUCUGCAAUUUCGGGGGAUCCGGUGUCACGAGGUCAGUGUCCACCAGCCAAUUAGGCUUCAUCGAUAAUCCUGCCUUUGAGCCAAGUGGGCUGGAUGACAAAGGUUGCCAGCAUUUCGAGGAAUCUGCAGUAGACACGACAUUCCAGAAGGAUGACGCCACAGUCUUCUUCUACCAUCAUGAACCGCCUCCACAUGCCCCAAAUUUCGACACCCUCGACUGUCCGGCAAAGUUCAAUACCAUCGGCCCACACAGUGGAGAAGCUUAUAAACUGAAACCUCCAAUAGAUCGGCAUCAUUCCAGCAGCUGCAAUUUGAGUUUUGGCCAUCCACAUGAUGGAUGCUACUUCUCAAAUUCCCUGACCAACUUUACACUUCUGCCUCCUGGUCAUCACAGGCCCUACACUCACUUUCUGGCCAGCAAUAUGGACACUUCCAAUGCCAUUGGUGGGUCGUACACCUCAACUCUGAGCUCAGGAACGCUGGGGAAGCAUCAACAUUCGGGAUCAAUGCCCUGGAGACACAGACAGUGCUCCAGCAGAGCAUCCAGUAGCUCAGGCACGAGUUCCACAAGAUGGGAUGUACCCUCAAGACAUUGGCUGGCUGUUACAUCGAUCCUACUAAUUGCCGGAGCUGCUGGAGUAGCUGUUCCACUUGCCCUUCGUGUCACAGCAGGAGCACCCCUUGAAGAGCGCUUAGAGGCAGCCACACAACUCCUCGAGGCUGUGCCUUUAAUCGACGGGCAUAAUGAUCUUCCUUGGAAUAUCCGGAAGUUUCUGCAUAAUCAGCUAAACGACUUCCACUUCGAUGAGGAUCUACGGAAUGUAAUGCCUUGGGCCAAAAGCACUUGGAGUCACACGGAUCUACCUCGAUUGCGAAAAGGACGUGUCUCUGCACAGUUUUGGGCAGCUUAUGUUCCCUGCGAAGCUCAAUAUCGGGAUGCUGUGCAAUUGACAUUGGAGCAAAUUGAUGUGAUCAAGAGACUGACAGAGAGAUAUUCACCUGAGUUGACAACAUGUGCUUCUGUGGCAGACAUCCUGGAGGCGCACAAGAACCAUCAAUUAUGCUCUCUGACCGGCGUCGAGGGCGGCCACUCUUUGGGGGGCUCCCUGGGCGUUCUGCGAACCCUCUACACGGUCGGAGUUCGCUACAUGACCCUCACCUCAACGUGCCACACGCCCUGGGCAGAUUCCAGCCAUGACAUCAAGCACGGUGGACUCACUGCCUUCGGAAAGACCAUCAUUCGAGAAAUGAAUCGCCUAGGGAUGAUUGUGGAUCUGUCUCAUGUAUCUGUGGGAACUGUACGAGAUGCACUGGCUGUUUCUGAUGCACCUGUGAUAUUUUCCCAUUCUUCCGCAUAUGAAAUUUGCAAUUCCAGCCGCAACGUUCAUGAUGACAUCCUUGUGGCUGUCGCCCGGAAUCGUGGUCUUGUCAUGGUGAAUUUCUACUCGAGAUUCCUCAGUUGCAGUGAAAAUGCAACUGUUCAUGAUGCUGUGGCACACAUCAAUCACAUAAAGCGUGUGGCUGGAAUCGAUCAUGUUGGACUCGGUGCUGGUUUCGAUGGGAUCAAUUACACCCCAAAAGGCCUGGAGGACGUGUCCACGUACCCAAUGCUCUUCGCCGAGCUGAUGGGCGACGGCUGGACGGCUGAGGAACUGACCAAAUUGGCUGGCCAGAACUUUCUGCGUGUGAUGAGUGAGGUGGAACGCGUGAGAGAUUCGCAGAAAACGGCCGGAGUGCGACCGUUCGAAGAGGUGCCCAAUUUUCGGUCAGAAGAUCCCUACAAUUGCACCUCGAGUUAGUAAAAUUCACGCCCGUGCACAAUCAAUAAUCUCCAAAUGCCUUGAAAAACCAGUAUUUUACUCGAUGGAUAAUAUUUACUGAAGUAGAAUAAAUAUGUCGACAGUUUUAGGCUCAUUUUUAAUACUUAUUGACACGUAUUGAGAAAUAAAAAUAGAAAAAUGUCUCUUAAAUAAAUUUUAAAAAUUAAUUAAGAAAACAUAUAGAUCAAUGACUAAGAAAAUAACACUUCUGACUAAUUGCCAUUUUUGUCUGUGAAAUCUUCCAAGAUAGAAAAAAAAGAAAAAAAAACACUCAAAUAUUUAAAUAAAUGUGACUAUUUGUUGUUUAAUAUUUGUUUUCAUCGCUGAAUAACAAAGAAAUAUAAAAGAAAAAUGGAAGAAUUGGCAAUUUUUCGGGAGUAUUUUGUAGAGUAAAGGUAAUUUAUAAUAAAUAUAAAUCAUUUUAGGUUGUUUCUUUUUAAUCCAAGGGAAAUAAACAUCAUAAAUUCAAGAUGUAUGUGAAUAUUUUAUACCUUAUUUCCACCGUUGUAAUAGCGACAAAUUUUCACAGAUAUAGAACUAAUUUAUUAUCUUUCAAAAUAAAAUUUAUAACAAUGCGAAUAUAUAAAUAUCGUUCACCCAAAAAGAAAAAAGAAAUAAAUAAAGACUUUUCACGAAAGAAGAAUCGUUCAACAUAUUUAUACACGUUGAAUUUCUAUUUGUUUUAUAAUAUUGAAUAAUGUGACGAAAAUUUGUUUUUUGGCACACAAAGAAAAAAUCACAAUAAAUGUGUUUAUAUAUAGUGAAAUAGAGAGAAUUCUAUGAAAUAUGGUUGUUUUCUUGAAUAAAAUGAAACUUAUAGGAAAGUAAAAUUGAAUUUUGUCGAGAACGAAAAAAUAAAACUCUUUUUCACAUGAAAAUCUCUAUAAUGUUAAUUGUCAAUCAUUGCUGAAAUAUAGGACCAAAAAAUGAGUAAAUUGUAAUUAAAUCACCACGGUUAAAAAAAAAAGGACGAAGCUUGAAAAAUUUUCAUUUGAAAAGAGAUUUGAGGAAAAAUAGAAUAAAAUUGUAAAAGUGUGCAAAAUUUAUUGACAUAUCAAUGAAUGAUGUGGACAAAGUGAGAAAAUGGAAAAAUCACUCAGAUAUUUUUUUUGUAAAUGUGCUACAUGGACAAUUCAAAAAUUUAAAUACUCAAUAGACUAUAAUUUUUUUUUUACGAAUAUUGAUCCGGCAUUAUAAAUGUUACUGAACCACUCAAAAAAAAUUUAUGAUGUUAUUCAUAUUUAAAAUCUCACAAUGAUUGAUUUUGGUUUUUUUUAUCACUUCAAAUUUUCAAAUGUAUCUCGAAAAUGUCGAAAAUUUAUUUGAUUCACAGAGUGAAAGAUUGUUGAAUAAAUAUAUAUAUAAAAUUGAUCGAA